UGGGUGUGCAUAGUGAUAUCCAAUCGCCCUGGCGCCUGCGGCUCAAUCAGGUGUGUAGGAGCGGAAGGCACCCUGGGCGGUAUGGCGAGUUGGUGGCGUGUGUUUCCACGCGCGGCGCAGCGCUAUCCGUGGCCCACCAACGUGCUGCUCUACGCCGGCCUCUUCUCGGCGGGUGAUGCGCUGCAGCAAAGGCUGCGGGGAGGCCCGGCCGACUGGCGCCAGACACGCCGCGUGGCCACCCUGGCCGUAACCUUCCACGGCAACUUCAACUACGUGUGGCUGCGUCUUCUGGAGCGCGCGCUGCCGGGCCGCGCGCCGCGCACGGUCCUGGCCAAGGUGCUGUGCGACCAGACUGUCGGUGGGCCCAUAUACCUGUCGGCCUUCUACGUCGGUAUGAGCGUUCUCCAGGGAAAGGAUGACAUAUUUUUGGACCUGAAGCAAAAAUUCUGGAAUACAUAUAAGAGUGGUCUGAUGUACUGGCCCUUUGUGCAGCUGACCAACUUCAGCCUUGUCCCUGUGCACUGGAGAACAGCGUACACAGGACUGUGCGGUUUCCUCUGGGCCACCUUCCUGUGCUUUUCCCAGCAGAGUGGUGACGGCACAGUGAAGUCCGUGUUCAUCCUCUUUCGCAGGAAGGAGGCGAGCGACAGGCCCCCAGAGGAGUGAGGAGUCCAGGACCCCUGUAGAGACUCGGUUUUGUGUCUCCAUUGCUCUCGGUCACCUGCAGCAGGCCUGCGUCACCAACCAAUUAUUAUGGGUUCGAUCAUGAAGAAUUCCUUUUCCAUAGGCCAACUUGUUUUGAAAUUAUCAAUGAUUUUUUUUAACUGUUAUCCAAACCUUUCCCAUUCAUUCCAGCCUGAAAGUCUUCCUUCCAGGUUUUCACAACUCUAGUGCUUUGGCUAAAAUUACAAGUGACAGGUGACAUUUUGAAGUUAUUAAUAUUUCUAUUCUAAUAUUAUAAGGUCAGUUGAGUUUUAAAAAACCUCCAGUUUUGAUUGUUUAUAUUUCUAGCCUAAACUCAGGCUAUUUCCUACACAUGUUAGGAUCAAAUUGCCUUUUGUCCUUAUAGUUCAGUUCCUAUGUAUAUAGAGUUCAGUCAAGACAUUUGAAUAAUAAGUCUCCCCAGAUACUCGAUAAUAAUUUAUCACAUCAACACUGAAGUUCUUUGUUUGUUUCUUUUCUGAGGCAGAGUUUCUGUCCUGGAACUGGCCUCGAACUCACAGAGAUCCACUUGCCUACGUUCUUUAAGCAGAUGCUUUUAUCUUCAGAAAAGGAACAGUGUUGGGCAUCUUCUGGAUAGAAUACUUAUUGUUACUGUCUAUUUUUUAAAGGUAGGGUCUCUCUUUGUGUAGCUCAGGCUACCUUGGAACUCCGCCUUACGCAUGCUGAGGUUAUAGGCAUGCACCAUCAUGCGCCGUCAUGCCUUGCUCUCCCGCUGUUCUUCCAUCCAAGCACAGCACUCUUUAAUUGAUAGCUUCCAGCUCUGCAAAGAAAAAAUUGACCAACGCACCCUCAUUCCUACAUAUAGGAAAUAAAAUAUUUGAUUUCUUAAUUACAGUAAGUGAAAAUUCUAGAAAACAAAUUAUUUCCUUCCUCUCUAAUCCAUAUUGUAUUAGUGUACACGGUUUGCAUUAGUCCUCUCGCCUCUGGGAGGAUUACUUUUUCUAAAUGCUAGGACUACAGACAUGAGCCACCAUGCCUGACUUGUGUGUGUGUGUGUGUGUGUCUGUGUGUCUGUGGUAGUAGGAAUAGAUUCCAAGGUCCUGUGCAAGUGCUCUGUCACUAGCUGUACCCGAGGAUGCUAACAGGAUUCUUUCAUAAUUCAGUGCUUUAAAGUGAACACAAGAAGCAUCAGCCAGCCUUUCACAUCUACUCAGCUUGUCUCAUCUCAGCCAGCCACCGUCAGGUUUCCAAAGUGUGUAAAUAACCAGGUAGGGAGGUGUGAUCGGUCUGCUCGGGAGACUCGUGGAGGAGGAUCACUCCAGCCCAGGAGUUCAAGACCGAACUGGACAAAACAGCAAGUCCCUGUCCCCAAACCACAAAGAUAGACAUUUCAGCAGUCUCGCCUACAGAUUGCCUAUGGUUUCGCUGCCAAUACGGCAUACUUGACAGAUGUUAAGAUGAAAAACACUGACUUCUGAGUUUGUCUGGAGAAUGUAUAUUUAAGAUCAUUUUUAGAAUUCAUACUUAAAUUUCUAAGCAAAUAAUUUAUAUGGUUUGUGAUAUAUUGGUAUAAAUUAUUAGCAUGCACCUUCUAGGUGUCUAAGUUAUUGAACUAUAAUGGGUAUCAUUUUUUAGAAUUCAUACUUAAAUUUCUAAGCAAAUAAUUUAUAUGGUUUGUGAUAUAUUGGUAUAAAUUAUUAGCAUGCACCUUCUAGGUGUCUAAGUUAUUGAACUAUAAUGGGUAUAAAUGCCCUUUGCAUUAGGGUAGUAGUAAGAACAAUUCUUGAUGACUGUAUGCUUUUGAAAGUUGGGUGGCUGUGGUGGUCUGCCUGUAAUCUCUGGAGCAAGAUAGCUUUAGCUUGACCAGCUGAAUGGAAUUCACGAACUCAGGGUUCAGCAGGAGAUAUUGUAUCAAUGUAGUGUUUGAAUGAGAGUGGCUCAUGGAUUUGAAUGCUUACUCAUCAGGGAGGGGCACUCUUUGAAAGGAUCAGAAGGUGUGGCCUUGGAGUGGGUGUGGCCUAGAGGAGGAAGUGUGUCACUGGAGGUGGGAUUUGGGGUUUCUGAAGCCCAAGUCAGGUCCAGUGUCUCUCUCUUCCUGUUGUCUGUGGAUCCAUGUCUGCCUGCAUGCCACCCUGCUUCCCACCAAGAUGCUGAAGGGUGCAGGCAAAAGCACCUUGGCCCAAAUACUGCCAUUUUGUCUUCAGACUUCAUUUUACUUGCAAGGUGAAAGAAAGUUCAGGUUCCCAAGCCCUAGAGGAACUGAGAACUUUCCAAUGGCUGACCUGCCUCCUCCCUAAACCACAGAAACAUGUGUCCUCUGGUUGUACACCUUUAGCUCCUUAGAAACAUUGUGGCUGUUCCUAACAGGAAGAACAAUGACUCUGACUGGUUGGACUGAAAGCCUUAAUUUACAAUGAUAGAACAUACAUUCAAGGAAGCUCCUAAUCCUGAUUGGUGAAAAUUGUAACUGUAACUUGGCAACAAAUAUUUGUGAUUUCACUGAUAUAUUAUUUUUCACCACUACUGCCCCUACUUAGUGCUGUUAGGAGAGUCCUUGUCCUGCAGCCCUGAUUAGUCAGUCAGCUUAUGUGGUGAUUUAAUAAAAUCUUUGGAACCUGCAA